AGAGAUCCUGGCGCCAGGGCGGGAGGAAGGUGGCUGUAGGCACUGCUGGACAGGCCACUGGAAAAGGGGGAGGAGGGGGGGAAAGGCUCGCAAGGAGAGCAGCCACGGCUGUCGUGGAUCCUGUGGGACUGCACAACAUUCCAGCUGUGCAGACCUGCGGCUGUGCACGGGGUCUGUGGGGCUGCAGGAGGUGCUGCUGAAAUCGCUGUCCCAGCUGCAGCAGCCUGAGCUGAGCUCGUGGGUGGGUUUGUCCCGGGCUCAGGAGCCAGCCUGAGGCUGGGGUACCCACACCCUGCCCAGAGCAGGAGCUGACCCCUCGCACAGCCCCUCGCUGCUGUCCCGAGCCUUCUCCCUGCCCCACGAGCUCUGGGGUCCCUGUGCUGCUGCCCAGCUCCGGCACUCCUUGUGAGCCCCCCGCGGGUGCCCAGCGGGGCUGGGGGGAAUGGAGCAGGCUGUCCUCCGGGCAGGACGACGUGCCCGGGCAGGCUCGGUGCCGUGUCGGGGCUCGGGACCGCCGUGCCGGACGAGGAGGGACAGGAAAGCGUGGCCGGGGGAAGGCGGAGGGAGCGCCGCUCUCCCGCCCCACCGAGCCCCGCCGAGCCCCGCCGGGGCCCUGGCAGCCCCCGGGGCCGGGGACACGCCGGUGGCCGCGGCAGGUGGCUCUGCCCGGGAAGGGGAGGAGGUUGGCGGCGCUCCCAGCCCGCGGCAUCCCUCCCCGGGCAGCGAUGCUCAGUCGCGGCUCAGCCUGGCAGCGGCACAGAGGGCGCACGAGCCCGCGGGGACAUGGACGGCACCAACCGCACGGAGCCGUGGCAGCGCAGCCUGCAGGCGCUGCUGGGCGCCCUGAACCAGACCCUGCACGGGGCCGUGCCCUGCCCGGGCCGGGCCCCGGCCAGCCCCGCCGCAGGAGCCACGCGUGGGGAGCACGCCAACGCCCACGCCUACAUGUACAUCCUGUUCGUCAUGACGCUCUUCGCCGCCACCGUGGGCAGCCUCAUCCUGGGAUACACCCGCUCCCGCAAGGUGGACAAGCGCAGCGACCCCUACCACGUCUACAUCAAGAACAGGGUCUCCAUGAUCUGAGCCGGCCCCGGAGGCACCGCGCUGGGCACAUCCCCUCGCUCUGGGGUGCGGCAGCGCUGCUGGCCCCGGAGCUGCUGGGACCCCAAAGCUGCUGGGACCCCAAAGCUGCUGGGUCCCCAAAGCUGCUGGGACCCCGGAGCUGCUGGGACCCCCCAGAGCUGCUGGGACCCCAGAGCUGCUGGGACCCCGGAGCUGCUGAGAACCCCAGAGCUGCUGGGAGCCCCUCAGAGCUGCUGGGAACCCUGUAGAGCUGCCGGGAGCCCCCAAAGUUGCUGAAACCCCCAGAGCUGCUGGAACCCUGUAGCGGAGCUGCUGGGA